AUGACAUCUUCAUGGUCACCAUCAUCUAAUUUUAUUUCUAUUGUUGAAUAUAAACGACCAUUUAAUAUAGAUUUAAGCUCAACCACAGAAUAUUUUUCACUAGCAUUAGCUAGCGAUGGAAAUCUCGAUCGAGGAGCGCUGAGAAAUGGCAAUGGUUUAUUCAAAGAUCAUUAUAUUCAUAACAUUAAUAUUAUUCGACCCAGGUCAACAAAUCCGAUCGGAUUCCUGGAAACGGAAUUGCAUUGGAAUCCGAUUAGAAAAAUCCCGUCGGUUGCCCCAAAUUUUAUGAGCGAUCUUUUUAGCUAUUAUAUUCUAUGA